AUGAAGUUUACCGUCAAAUUGAUGGAUGGAAACUCCAAGGACUUUGAACUACCUGGAGAGACAACCGUCCAGAGCUUGAAAAAGAAAGUAGAAGAGACCAUGGGUGUUCCAGUUGCUUCACAGAGAAUGCUUAUGCUUGGAAAAGUCAUGGCGGAUGAUCAACCAAUCAGUAGUUACGAUAUUGAUGGCAAAGUUGUCCGUGUUGUGAGAAGCUCGCCAGGAGUAACAAAAGCUGCUCCGCCCCCUUCAGCUCCUGCUGGUAUGCGUCCAGAUAAAGUUAGCUACGAGUAUUUAUAUAUUGGAGCCACACCCGAGAAUAUCCCACCUCCACCCGAAACUUUGUAUCUACAGGAUUUUGCUAAAGAUUCUGCUGACAAUAUUCUCAGCACCAUUACCAAUGGUGGUCAUCCUGAUGCAUUAGUCACAGUCACCAUUCACACUCUGACUCCUGAAGGCCGUACGUUACACAGUUCCACUCACACUAGCACAUCACAUAAGCCAGGGAUAGAGUGUAUGAUUGACCCACCUACUCCUGAGGUGUCCGAGGAAGAAUUCCGUCGUAGGAAAGAGAGGGAGGAGGAAAGGAAGAAGAGAAGAGCUAGA